AGUCACAAGUUAUCACCAUAGCAACGGCCUGAGAGCUGUAACGUGCUCUGGUUCGCCACAGGACAAUGGCAGCCCGAAUUGUUCGCGAUGCCUUCCCACACAUGGACGAAGAUCUGUUCCAGUAUGUGGAAGGGGUGCUCGACUCGGGCGAGGAGUUUGAGUCCGGCGAUGACGUGUACGAGGCGAUCGGCGGCAUCGUAGAGCAGGUGGCCGGCGACGACAGCGAGCACGUGGUUCGCCUGCUUUGUGACCGGGUGAUGGCGCAGCUGCGAGUUAGUGCUCCGGACGGCCACCAGGUGGCCAACGGCGGCCGGAAGCGACUGGAGGGCGCC